GCCAAACUUAUUAUGAGCAUUCAAAAAGGUCGGCAGGGACUUGGGACCAUUUACACUAAUGUGUUCAUACUUUUGGGACAUGUAUUUAAAGACCAAACACAUCCUGCCCGAUACAAUUCGAAACUCACACAGCAAUCCAAGAGAGAAGGAGAAAGAGAAAGCAAUAUGUCUGGGUGUCCUGGGAAGAACUCGUGGCCAGAGCUGGUGGGCAAAGAUGGAGAGGGUGCCAAGACAACGAUAGAGAGGGAGAAUUCAAAUGUGGACGCCAUAGUGUUGCUGGAUGGAACGCCAGUCACUAGGGACUUCAGGUGUGAUAGGGUCUGGGUUUGGGUUGAUAGCAACGGCCACGUUGUUCGUCCCCCUACAAUUGGCUAACCUAACAAGCUUUAUUAUUCUGGUUAAUAAAUUAUGAUGGAGUGAUAAUGAAAAAUGUAAUAGCUAUAGCUAUAGCUACUGUAACGUAUUAAGGAUGAUAUAACAUGCCAUCAUGACAUAGUAAUUAUAUGUUCAUCCCAAAUCUGCUUGUUUCUAAUAAAACCCAAGACAAGUUGGUACAAAUUCAUACAAAUAA